UCUUCAUUUUAUAGCAUAAAACAAAAGCUAUCUCACAGGUUCCCUCUUAACUUUUAGGAUAAGUUUACCUCUUUUCUCUCUUUCCCUUUAAACCCCUCAUCUUCUUUCUUCUUCUUCUUCUUCUUUUUUUAAUUUCUUUCUCAUUACUUAGAAUAAUUAACUAACAAGUUAAGAAUGCAAAAUACAACUUAUGCAAAUCACACUUCUUCUUCUCAGCCAUUCAAUUCUCUCAACAUGACCAAUCAAAAACCCUAAAACCCCACCAAGAAAGUAACCUUUUCUUAACUUGAAAAAAAACCCCUUUUCUGUUUUUUGUUUUUGUUUCAUAAUUAUAAUUAUUUUAAUUGUUUGUUUAUUAUAUAAAAACACACACCCACCAUUUCUACAAAAUUAGGCUCUCUUAGCAGCCAUGUUUUUGUUGAUUUUUCAAAAACUAAAUUCUUUUGAAAACAGUCUCUUUUUCUUGAAUUAAUACCACAGAAGAGCAUUGUCAGAAACGUCCUCAAAUUCCUCAUUUUUACCUUUGAGGAUGUUUCCUCGUGUUCUUACCACUCUCUUCAUAUGGAUGGUUGCUUCUUCAAUCUCUUGUGUCUCUUCGUCUUCUUUCAAUCUUACAUUACCCCAUCAACAUCCUGACCCUGAUUCUGUUGCUGAUGAACUUCAAAGGACAGUGAAUGCAUCCGUAUGGAGAAGACAAAUGCUGUCCAUCGAAUCAAAGGAUCAAACAUUCUCUUGUCUCACCGGAAACCCCAUCGACGAUUGCUGGCGGUGCGACCCAAAUUGGGCAGCUAACCGCCAGCGAUUGGCCGACUGUGGUAUAGGGUUCGGGCGAGACGCCAUGGGUGGCAAAGGUGGAAAGAUCUACAUCGUUACCGACUCGUCCGAUUUGGAUCCGACGAACCCAACUCCGGGAACUCUCCGGCACGCUGUGAUCCAAUUCGAACCACUGUGGAUCAUAUUCUCCGCCGACAUGACUAUAAGGCUGAAAUACGAACUUAUCAUCAACAGUUUUAAAACGAUCGACGGCCGUGGCGCCAACGUCCACAUCACCGGCGGGGGAUGUAUCACCAUUCAAUAUGUGUCGAAUGUCAUCAUCCACAACGUCCACGUGCACCACUGUAAACCCUCCGGCAAUGCCAAUAUAAGAUCGACUCCAACUCACGUGGGUCAUCGAGGACUAUCGGAUGGAGAUGGGAUCUCAAUAUUUAGCUCGAGAAAGAUAUGGAUCGACCAUUGUUCAUUGUCGUAUUGUACCGAUGGAUUAAUAGAUGCAAUAAUGGGUUCGACGGGAAUAACGAUAUCAAACAGCUACUUCUCGCACCAUGACGAGGUGAUGUUGUUGGGACAUGACGAUCGGUAUGUGCAAGACUCGGGGAUGCAAGUCACCAUCGCCUUCAACCACUUUGGCGAGGCGUUGGUCCAACGUAUGCCUCGAUGUAGACAUGGCUAUAUCCAUGUCGUCAACAAUGACUUCACUGCUUGGCAAAUGUAUGCCAUUGGAGGUAGCGCUCAACCCACUAUUAACAGUCAGGGUAAUCGUUACACCGCUCCUGUGGACCCUAACGCCAAAGAGGUGACGAGACGUUUGGACGCGGCGGAGACAGAGUGGGCGGGGUGGAACUGGCGGACGGACGGCGAUAUUUUGGUGAACGGUGCGUUUUUUGUACCGUCCGGCGCCGGACUUAGCACCCAGUAUGGUAAGGCAUCCAGCGUGGAGCCUAAGUCGGUGGCUCUCAUCAAUCAACUCACUAUGAACGCCGGCGUCUUGGGCGCUCCAAGGUAUAAUGGCGGUGAAGGAAUUGUCUACCCAGGAUUUAGCGGUGGAAGUGGUGGAAAUGGUGAUGAGGGAUAUGGGGGUAAUACUGUUAUCAAUAAUAGUCCAAUUUAUGAAAACGGUGGUGGUAGUGGUGGUUAUGGUAAUGGUAAUGGUAAUGAUGACUACUUCGGAAUGAUAUUUAAAGCUAACGGCCAUAGAACAUUUCCAAUAUUUUCCUCCCUAAACUACUUGUGUACUCUUCUAAUUAUAUUCCUUUUGUAUAUAGUCACAAAUUAUAGCAGUACUUUAUUAUCUUUAUAGAAUAUGUAAAAGAGUUUUAAAUAGCUCGUAUAAUUAAUUAAUUAAAUCAAGCUUAGUUCAUUAUUAUUAUGCAAAA